GCUAGCCCUGGCAUGCCAAGUUGUUGGCGCGCCAAAUACUUACGGACGUUUUCUACGCCUGCAAUUCGCCCAAGCGCGAGCAGGAAAAUAUACUCCAUGGGCUGAACCUGAACGAGCCGAAGUCAGAGAUUGGACAAGCCAAAACUUGGUGCCACUCUAAACAAUGGCCAACAGAACCUAGACGAGCCAAUAUUUGGCGGGGCCAGCGUUGGCUUCCAUCGCGCCCUUGGAUCCAAACCUCAAAUGAUUAGGGCAGGGGGAGAAAACUUUUUCUAUUUUUAAGUAAUUCUUCAAUUCUUCACUACUGCGCUGCAUCACCCUUUCUCCAAAAUUCCGGCCUACCUACAAUUCUUUACUUUUCAAGGGCAGAGGCGCAGGAGGAGGAGGCAGCCUCAGCGACGCUACCACCCACGCGGACGGCAAUAAUGGACGGACACCACUCGCCGCCGGCGCAGCCGGACCGGGGCGGCAGCUUCAACUACGACAUAGAGAGCACGGACGUCGGCGGCGCGUGGGCGGGGCCGGACGCGUCGUCGGAGGCGCUGCUGAGGUACGACGACGACGGCCCUCGGGAGCCGCUGCUGCGGAAGCGCACCGUGAAUACCACCUCCCAGAUCGCCAUCGUCGGCGCCAACGUCUGCCCCAUCGAGAGCCUCGACUACGAAAUUGUGGAAAACGACCUUUUCAAGCAAGAUUGGCGAUCAAGAAAGAAGAAGCAGAUAUUCCAGUAUAUUGUUCUGAAAUGGACCUUAGUUCUUCUCAUUGGCCUGUUCACUGGACUUGUUGGCUUCUUCAACAACCUUGCAGUUGAAAAUAUUGCUGGAUUCAAACUGUUGCUCACAAGUGAACUAAUGCUUAAGCAGAGGUACUUCACAGCAUUUCUGGCAUAUGGAGGUUGCAAUCUAGUCUUGGCAGCCACAGCUGCGGCAAUCUGCGCUUACAUAGCACCUGCUGCUGCUGGGUCUGGUAUCCCUGAAGUCAAAGCAUACCUUAAUGGAGUCGACGCAUAUUCUAUAUUAGCUCCCAGUACACUCUUUGUUAAGAUAUUUGGUUCAAUACUUGGAGUUUCAGCUGGAUUUGUGCUCGGAAAGGAAGGUCCAAUGGUACAUACAGGAGCAUGCAUUGCCAACUUGCUUGGUCAAGGGGGGUCACGCAAGUACCAUCUUACAUGUAACUGGCUCAGAUAUUUUAAAAACGAUAGGGAUAGACGGGAUUUGAUUACUUGUGGGUCUGCUGCUGGAGUUGCAGCAGCAUUCCGAGCGCCAGUUGGUGGUGUGCUCUUUGCUCUUGAGGAAGCAGCAUCAUGGUGGCGAAGUGCUCUUCUGUGGAGAACAUUCUUUACAACUGCUGUUGUUGCUGUUGUGUUGAGGGGCCUGAUCGAGCUCUGUCGUAGUGGAAAAUGCGGUCUGUUUGGUCAAGGAGGGUUGAUUAUGUUUGACCUCAGCGCAACCAUCCCGACAUACAGUACCCAAGAUGUAAUUGCAAUUAUUGUCCUUGGAAUAAUUGGCGGGGUCUUUGGAGGCCUGUUCAACUUUCUCUUGGAUAGGAUUCUCCGUGCCUACAGUUUCAUCAAUGAGAGAGGUGCUCCAUACAAGAUCCUUCUCACCAUCACAAUAUCGAUUAUCACAUCAGCAUGCUCCUAUGGGCUCCCUUGGCUUGCUCCGUGCACUCCGUGCCCUGUUGAUACCGUGGAGGAGUGCCCCACCAUUGGCCGCUCUGGAAAUUUUAAGAAUUUCCAAUGCCCGCCGGGUCAAUACAACGGUCUUGCGUCGCUCUUCUUCAACACAAAUGACGAUGCCAUCCGCAAUCUGUUCAGCAGUGGCACCGAGAAAGAGUUCCACAUGUCCACUCUUUUCACCUUCUUCACUGCUAUCUACUGCCUUGGCCUUGUGACUUAUGGUAUUGCCGUCCCGUCUGGUCUCUUUAUCCCUGUUAUACUUGCUGGGGCUACAUAUGGGCGCAUAGUGGGGACUCUUCUUGGCCCAAUAUCAGACCUUGAUCCCGGACGCUUCGCGCUUCUUGGUGCGGCAUCUUUCCUCGGUGGAACAAUGAGGAUGACCGUCUCGGUCUGUGUGAUACUUCUGGAGCUCACCAAUGACCUCCAUAUGCUCCCGUUGGUCAUGCUCGUUCUUCUGAUAUCGAAGACUAUAGCCGAUAGCUUUAACAAAGGGGUUUAUGAUCAGAUUGUGGUGAUGAAAGGUUUGCCAUUCCUGGAGGCUCAUGCUGAACCAUACAUGAGGCACUUGGUUGCUGGUGAUGUUGUGUCUGGACCGCUGAUCUCCUUUUCAGGUGUUGAGAAAGUGGGGAACAUUGUUCAAGCGUUAAGGAUCACAGGCCACAAUGGAUUUCCUGUUGUUGAUGAGCCACCUCUAUCAGAAGCUCCAGAGCUGGUUGGGCUCGUGCUUAGGUCCCAUCUGUUGGUUUUGCUGAAAGGCAAGACUUUCAUGAAAGAGAAGGUGAAAACCAGCGGCAGCUUCGUGCUACAAAGAUUUGGUGCCUUUGAUUUUGCCAAGGCCGGCUCUGGAAAAGGUCUGAAGAUUGAGGAUCUGGAUUUUACCGAUGAGGAAAUGGACAUGUAUGUCGAUCUGCAUCCAGUUACAAAUACGUCACCAUACACAGUAGUUGAGACCAUGUCACUUGCAAAGGCUGCGGUCCUUUUGCGGGCACUAGGAUUAAGGCACCUGCUGGUUGUGCCGAAGAUUCCAGGGAGGCCACCCAUUGUUGGGAUCCUCACGAGGCACGAUUUAAUGCCGGAGCACAUUCAUGGGCUGUUCCCGAAGCUCCGUAAAUCGCAUUGAGGAAUCAUUCAGUACCAUGUUUUGCUGUUGCCUUGUAGCUUAGCUGUAUGAAGGGAAGCUGCCUUUUGCAAUAUUCGCUGCCCCCUCUGGCUUUUUGCUUGGCUUUUUAUUUCUUCUGGAGUACUUCAAAAUCUUAAAAGAUUGAAUAAUAUUGCAUCUAUUGUAAAGAGUUGAUUCCCCCUAUCAGCAAUCAAGUGGAUUUUUCUGUUCA